AUGUGCGCGCUUCUAAGUCAGAUAGAUCAGCAAAAGAAUGAUAUGACCACUCUCACACCAAACAUCGACCAUAGCGUGAAAGCUGGCAUAACACUAAAAGCUUUGGCUGAGCUCGAUUGUCCGCCUGGAGAUCUGAUCAACUAUUUCAAGGACACACAAGAAAGACAACAAAGUCUAAAAAAUAGCGAGCCACAGACUGAACUAUUGACCAUCGGUAGACAAACCUUCCCAAGCAUAUUCAUGGAGGCCCUCGAAAAAAUGGAGUAUCAACAUUACAUGGGGUUAAUGGAAGAGAUUGGAUAUUUGUGGAGAACUGUCGACAAUCGAUUGAUUAUGUGGAACUAUAUUGAACGCGAUGAUAUACUUGUUCACGAAGAACCAGAGCAACCAAUUACAACUGUUGGGCUUGUCAAACGAAAAAGCGCAUUUUGCGGGUUUGACUUGACCCACAUAAUCGUCGUGGCGACACCAUUACAAAUUACCCUACUCGGAGUUGCUGCAGCAUCCGCAAAUCCUCUCAACAAAGGCUACAAAGGAAACAGAAUUCAGAUGCACAACCUGAAUGUUAAGGCACCUGCAGACGACCUUUGCUUUCUGGAAAUUAAAGGCACUGAAGAUGAAAGAAUUUUGCUGUUAGCUACAGACGGACAUUUGUAUGAAAUGGAGCACUAUAGUAUAGGUCAUUUCUCGCUCGGGGGUAGUAGAUUAGUUUGCCUGACAAAGAAUAUGCUAUACAAAUACCUUCCAACUUCUUUUGACAAAGCGCCAAAAGGAAAUAUCCAAAGUUUUAUAGUCUGUGAUCAGCGCAAGGUCAUAUAUGCACUCACCAGCAACAAUGGAAUCGAAGUACUUUCAUCGCCCGGAAAAGGUGCAACUGUCAAACGACUGGCACAGACAGGCGACAUUAAAGAGACAGCUACUCGUAUCGCUAAUCCAAGUGGAUUAACACGCUACCAAGACGAUUUCCAGCUUGUUUCGAUACAUUUGAUUUCAAAGGAAGAGUCUGAACGUGUUCAUAUUCUCGGAGUAUCCAUUACGGGUGCUCGGAUCUAUUUCACCCAUCUGUCAGACAUACGCUUUGGUGCCUCAUUAGGCCCCAAUGAACAACCAAAAACAAUCAAAAUUGCCCAUGUAAUACUAUCACCUAAUUACGAACCACAGGGGAUAUUCUCCUUUAUUCAACAAGACCAAAUCGAUAAUUCAAAGACUGUUCUGGGAUCUUACUACAACAAAAAUGUGUUUUUGACGGCAAAGGGAAAAGUCGCUGGAGAAAAGAUUGUUAGUGUAGCUAAUCUUGAACGGGUGAUUGUCACAAAUUAUGGAAAUGAUUCGAAUUUCUUGACCUCUACUUAUAUCGAAACCACCGCUUCAAUAGAAAACCAUGAAACCAUUUAUGGUAUUGGAGAAAUAGACGAGAAAUUUUAUCGGGAAACAUCAACUGGAUUACCCAAAGACAUACGCCAGUUCAUUAUCCUUGGACACUCUAGUAUAACGACAAUAGCACGCGAAAGACCUGUUGAUGGCCUCCGUCGAUUAAUUCUUAAAACAAUCAACUCCGAGACAAUCGGUAGUCCAGAACUUAACGCCUUUUUUGAGCGAUACGGAUACACACAAACAUGUGCAAUGUGUCUAGAAAUCAUUUGUGUUGAAUCCGGGAAAAAAGAUAGUGAAUCAAAUGCACUCGUAAAAAAAACUACUUUGGUUUUCUUUGAGUAUGGUGGACAACCUUCAGUGGGUCUUUCGAUGGCUUCAGAAAAGAACUAUCAAGGCCAAACAAGACCACGACCAAGAACAAAAUUUAGUGUGAAGCAUGACGGUCUUGGAUUAUAUUUGGUUCGUUUAUUGAGACCUAUAUGGAAAAAGAAAAUCUUCCCCCUCAGUUCCGAGGGCAAAUUUACAACAAAUACAGCCACAUUACGUAAACAACUUUCAACAGCAUUUUAUAACCAAGUCUAUAUCUUCAGAAAUGAUUUACUGCACAAGGUUCCCAAGGAUUUUGUGCCCUCUACGCAAAGAGAAAACCAACUGUGGAUCUUGGACGAACAAAUGUCUUUUUAUGAAAUGUCUACUUUGAUGACACACACCAUCGAGUCAAUCUGUUUCUUGAGCGGUAUAAUGGAGACAGGCGUUGAAAAAAUAUACCAGCAACUUCAGACUCCCUCCAAAGAAAAGUUUACAGACUUAACAGUCGAAUUUAUUGUAACAACAUUUGAUGGCAGAGACUUAGUCAGAGAGCUUGUAAUUUCAAUUAUCAAUGCUCGGGCUACCUUAAAAAAUACUGGCGGAUUUGAGAGCGUUGCUUCUCUACUACAGAAAAAUGGAGAUACCUUAUUCCCAGAAAAAGACAUUGCAUUCUACAAGGGCAUUGAAGCAAUAGUAAAAGCGAAAUCCGCUGGAGUAACUAACGAGGAUAGUGAAUUUAUGAAAGAGGCUCUAAGUUAUUUCAAAGAAGCACCAAGCGACUUAUUAGCAUCUAAACUUGAUCAAAUAUGUGACGAAUUCCGUAAAUUGGGAUGGAAUAAGGCAAUUCUUGAUUUGGCCAUUUCUAGAGCAACAAAAGAAGACCCUUACAAUAAUGCAAUGAUGUUUCUGGAAAAUGGCUCAAACCCCUCCAACCCGGAUGCAAAAUUCUACAAGGCGCGGCAUAUCUAUUAUUCUCAAGUGCUCAAGACUAUCAUUAACCUCAAACCAAAAAAUCCAAGAGAUGAGUCCUGCCAGUCUCAAAAAUAUCGUUCCCUGUUUGAAGCUGCACGGAAUCAGAAAGAAGACACAGUUUUCCUUUACGUUCUUUAUGACUGGCUAUUCCAAAAUUGUCUCUAUGGUGAUUUGUUUAGUCUUCAACCUGAUAACCUUUUGCCUUUUGUUCGAAACUACGUUGAUCAUGUUCAAGGUAUCCGCUUCUUAUACAAAUACCAUCUCCACCGCAAUGAAUUUUUUGAGGCUGCGAUGUAUGUACGAUUAUUAGCCGAACUUGAUCCCAAUGCAAACCUCGAUGAACGUAUCUUUUACAUGGGUCAAGCAUGCACUUUUCUCUCGAAAUUUUUGGUGCUUGGGGGAAGUACUGAAGAAUCCUGCAAGCUUGCUAAAGUCUCAGAACUGCAACAUAAGACCCUGAAAAUUCAAAAGGAAAUUCGAGACAACCUUUGCCAACAAUCUGGUCGUGUGGUUAUGACAGACAGAGAAAAGAUAAUGCUCAACAAUAUACCGAUGUCAUUAAAUGAUAUGUUUGAACUUUCCCGGCGGUAUAAUUGUCCAGAUGGGGAGCUCCUGGUUUUGAGUAUGGCUUAUCAGUGUAACUUUAACUUGGUUCAGGACCUUUGGAAGCAAAUUCUAAGCGAUAAUGAAAAGGAGGCUGAUUGGCUUCGCGUAUCUCCUUUCCAGACCUUGAAAGGUCGUCUUAUUCGUUUGUGCAGUCAAGUACUCGAAUCUAGAGUUGUUUUGCCAUUGCCCUAUGUCAUCCAGAUAUUAGAGGAGUAUUGCUUCAAUCAUCCAAAUAGACCAUCUCCUGAAUUUAUUAGCCACAUUUUCUUGAGUUCCGGUGUUAAUAUCGAAUCAUUGAAAGCCGCUUAUGCAGAGGUUUUAAAUUUCAAGAGAUCUUCUGGGCGCUCGGUAGAAGAACAGAGACAUCUUGAGAUGAUAUCGGAACAGCUGAAUUCAAAGGAACAACCUAAUGCAAAUGAAAGUGGAAGUCCGGCUCGGCUUGCUAGAUCAUAA